AUGGCUGAACUGGAACAAGAUGUUCGUCGUCUUGCAAACUUGGCGUACUCUCAUGCUCCUAUAGAUGUUCGUGAGACUUUAGCCAAAGAACAAAUUAUAGAUGCACUUAGUCCUUCAAGUUUAACCUUGAGAAGAAAGAGGUUUAACAAUAGCGAUACAGGAUUCUUUAAAAAUUCAUUCAAACUACCCCCUUACCCUGAGAUGGGAAUUUGGACUGCAAGAGCCUUUUAUGGUGGAGAGUUCGAGACCGAGUCACACACCCUCUUUGAAGUUCGGGAAUAUGUUCUUCCAACGUUCGGAGUGACCGUUGACGUUGACGUUGAGUUCCUCCUUAAAACCACGAAGUCGAUAACCGUCAAAGUUACGGCCAAAUAUGUCUACGGUAAGCCUGUCCAGGGAAAUGCAAGGCUUUUGUUGCAAUUGAAAGGGGGAAAUGGAGAUCGUGACUUUAUCCUAAAUAUGGACAGAAAAACGGUUGAAGUGCAGUAUGUAAACGGAAAACCUGUUUCUGGCAAAGACCUUUUAGUUAGAAUGAGCGAAAAUGGGGAAUUCAAAAAAGAGGAAAAAGAGACAACAAACGACGACGGCCGGGCAACAAGUAUCUUUCAGACGGCUCAGGGCAUAAAUAAAAUCUCAUUUACUGUAUCAACAUCUGACAGUCAAUACGAAAGUGACGUGUUUGAGGUGGCUGCGUACGCUGGAAAAAAUCAAAUCCAAGUUGAGCGUGUGAAGACAGAGAGAAAUUUGAUGAUGAUGCGGGCUUUUACGAACAUACAAGGGAUUUUAUACACCGGAAUGCUUUUUGUGGUUAUUUCACGUGGUAAAGUAGUUUAUACAAAAUAUAAAGAGCCAGGAACACAAGCUAGUGUAGAGAUAACAAAGGAUCUACAAAAAUUAGUCUCACCUGAUGCCAGACUACUUGUCUUCUAUGUUGAUAAAACUACACACGAGCUUGUGGCUGAUUCUAUUAAGUUUGAGGUUGAAAAGAUGUGCCGCGGUGAAGGUGUAAAGAGGGAGAUAAAGCCGGGAAACUCGAAUUUUUUGACUGUUACUGGAACACCUUUCAUGCACGUGGGUCUAAAUAUAAUGGACAAAACUCUCCUUUUACUGAAUGAUAAGAAUAUUCUCAGGAAGAGCAAAAUGUUUGAGGCUCUCCAGUCACAUGAUCUGGGUUGCGGAGAAGGUGGAGGGAGAUCAGAAGCUGAUGUGUUCAAGAAAUCCGGCCUUACUGUGUUAACUAACGCUGACGUGGAUGAAAAUGAUAUAGUACGGACCACUGACGGCUGCAAGGCAAAUACCAGGAAACGAAGAGAUAGUGAUUCUUGUUUUCAUGGUGCUGCUGACACGUGUUGUGAGAAAGGAUACCAGUUUGCAGAAACACUAUUCUAUGAGGCAGAUGACACAGAGCCCAUGAAUCCAUACACAAAUUGCUACCCUAGAGCACUAAAAUUAACGAAGGAAAAAGUGCUUUCCAUCAAAUGCGUCAUGGCGUUCUUUAAAUCUUGUAUAGAUGAGCUGGAAUAUCUUAUAACCGAUAAAACAUCAAUAACUUCAAAAUCAUUAGAUGAUGCAAGUGACUAUUUUGAUGAAGACAAGGCUAUAUUGGUUAAUAAUGAUAUCGACACUCAAGCUAGAUCAGAUUUUCGCGAAUCUUGGCUUUUCAAUGUCUAUAGCCUGGACGGGCAAGGUAAGAAACGGAUACAGAUCGAUAGUCCACACUCUAUAACAGAAUGGAGUAUACAGGCUAUUGGUAUUACGAACGAUGAAGGAAUGUGUAUUGCUGACCCAGUCGAUCUAAAGGCGUUCAGAGAUUUUUUCAUUCAACUAGAUCUUCCGUACAAAGCGUCACGUUUGGAACAUUUUAAUGUGAAAGCAACGAUAUUUAAUUACGGCAUGAAAGGGGAUAAAAAGAAAGUGGCCAAUGUUUACCUGCAAGGAGUUCAAAAUUUGUGUUAUAACAGCGACGCAGGGAAACCAUCACCUCGAUUCAAAGUUGAGCUUCCGCCAAAUAGCGCACAAACAGUUACCUUUCCCAUGAUACCUUUAAAGAACGGCCUGUUUCCGGUAAAAGUAUCUGCUUUUGUUACGCAGAGAGGAAUACCUGAAAGUGACGUCAUUGAAAAGAAGCUAUACGUUGUGAAUGAGGGUAUUGAAGAAAAAAUAAUAAUUGUUGUGUGUUUAGAUCCAAGGAAUCAGACAGACGAUUGUAAAAAUGAUGAGGAACGUGUAGUUAAAGACAUUAAACGAGACAGGGACAAACGAGAAUACGAAAUAGAUCUAACUCUCCCAGAACAUAGUAUUUCUCAGACGGGGUCGGCCACUGCAUAUAUCCAAAGUAGUGUGAUGGCUAAUAUUGUCAAUACGAUCAUAGAGGGUGUUGAUUCCUUGUUUUCACAACCUGCCGGAUGCGGUGAGCAGACGAUGAUCAGACUAGCACCAACUGUAUACGCAAUGACCUACCUAAAACAAACAAAACAACAGACCGCUGACAUAGAAACAAAAGGAAAUCAAUGGAUUAGAGAUGGUGUAAACAGAGAGGUUUCCCAAUUCAAGCAAGCCGACGGAUCAUAUGCUGCCUGGCGAUACCGAACCCCUAGCACUUGGCUCACAGCAUUUGUUGCCAAGGUGUUCUGUCAAGCCAAGAAGGUUGUAGAUGAUGCUGUUGAUCAAGAGAAAGAUGUAAAACUUACAAUUGAUUGGCUGAAUAAUCAUGCUGAAGCUGAUGGAUCAUUUAUUGAUAAAAUGCCAGUUAUGGACCGAAAAAUGAUAGGACAAAUUAAUGAAAGAGAUCAUACCUUAACAGCCUUUGUACUGAUUACCUUACAAGAAUGUGGUAAUAGAUAUGCUGAUGUUAGUGUAACCGUCAACAGGGCAAUUGAGAUCCUUGAAAAUCUUUCAGAAGACAUGUUAAAGAACAAUCCUUACCUGUUGGCAAUUAGUACAUAUGCUUUAGCCAUGUCCGACAGCAAUAUGACAGAUACGUUUUUGAAGUACUUACAUGACAUUAAGGGAAAUGAUACGGAGGGUACAUUCUGGGGAAAUCCGGGAGGUAAACCAGCAAACGCUUAUGCUAUAGAAACAACAGCGUACGCCCUUCUUGCUUUGUUGCAAUUCGGGGACAUAAAAACAAGUUCGUCCAUUGUAAGUUGGCUUACGUCUCAAAGAGAUGCUACAGGACCAUUUAGAACAACACAGGAUACAGUGGUCGGCCUGCAAGCUUUGUCUCAGUACAGCAUCGUUACCUAUUCUCCAGAUGUUAAUCUAAAGGUUUUCUUUUCGGCAGACGGCACGAUGUUUUCAUCAGUAAGAGUAACUAAAGAAAACGCUAUUUUACUAAAAAAUAUAUCAAAGUUACCUGUUGAGACAAAAGAUAACAAACUUACGGUAAAAGUUCAGGGAACUGGAAGUGCAGUUAUGUCAAUUGAUCUCCGUUAUAACAGGCCAGCCACUGCGGAAGAAUCUUGUCCCUUUAAAAUCACUGAUAUUGAUGUUCAAGAGAUGGAAGAUCUACCGAUUGAUACCAAUUUGGCAAAAGAAAGAAACUGUGACGUGUGUGGCCACUGUGCGGGCGUUUACGAUUAUGAUGACUACGACAGCGAUAAUUUUAGAGAUCGGCCAGAAAUAGAACCUAAGAUAAACAGUAACUUUGGAAGAAAGAAAAGAAACACAGACAUCCGUAUCGAUGCGACAGCUCAGAAAAAAUGCAUUCGUUUCAGCGUAAGCUCUAAGAAUGAUAAAACAUAUGGUAUGUCUAUUGUGAAGUUUGGACUAGAAACAGGUGUUGAAGUGAUCAAGUCUGAUAUAGAAAAGCUCGUUAAAGAGAACAACACAAACAUUGCACACUACGAAAUGCCAUCUGACGGGAAAGGUUUUAUUGUGUUCUACUUACACGAGAUUUCUUCUAAAGAGACAAAAUUCAUAUUCCGGUUGAAGGACUUUGAUGGAGAAAUAAGUUCAAGACAACCGUCUUCAGUUUAUGUAUACGACUACUACAACCCAGAUAAGCAUUGUACUCAGAUAUAUGGAACUGGUCAAAAUAGGGGCAACAGUGUCUUGUACAAAUGCGGGAAAAAUACGAAGGAGUGCAGGUGCUUCCAAAGUAUGUGUGUUCAGCCGGUGGAAAAAGAAAUUGAAAGUUUAGCCAAGAGAAGAAGAAAACCUGCACUUAAAUUGUACCGAUACACAUGUAACUCGGACAAAGCAAACUAUGGUAAGUUUUAAAUCUUUUUUUAAUUU